GGAUCGGUAUUUGCUGUGACCGGUGGUUCUUCAGGAUUAGGACAAGGAGUGGCAGAAGUUCUUCUUACUAAUGGAGCGAAAGUAAUAAUCCUAGAUAUUCAAACUCUGAUAGAUGACAGUUUAAAGCCUUUUGCAGAUAAUAUGUGCUAUGUGAAAACUGAUGUAACGUCGGAAGAGGACGUUAAAGAAGGACUUGCGACCGGAAAAAGAAAAUUUGGGAAAUUGAACGGAAUAGUUAGUUGCGCUGCUUUUGUUGGCGAUGUUGAGCCAAUAUAUGACAUGAAAACAAAACGACUUAGUAGUUUAGACAAUUUUCGCAAAGAAGUAAAUGUUAAUCUUAUUGGAACACUAAUUUCUAUUCGGCAAGCGCUUCCUUUAUUAAUUGAAAAUGAGAAAGAUGCUGAUGGAGUGAGAGGAGUUAUUAUUACUAUUUCAAGUGUUGUUGGUCUUAAUGGAACCCCAAAAAUGUUGGGAUAUUCCGCCAGCAAAGGUGGUUUAAUAAACAUUAUUCCUCCUGUGUAUGUAAAACCCCGAUGAUUGAUAAGGCUUUCGGCCGCGAAGCAGCAGCGCAACUGCAUAACGAUUUUCCUCCAAGGCAAAUAGAACCUGUGGAAUUUGGAACAUUUGUGAAACAUGUUAUCGAAUCGCCCAUGCUCAAUGGAACAUGUAUCAAAUUUGGCGGACGACAGGAUGUUGCCACAGGACUUGUGGAGUGAAGGAAGAAGCUUCAUGUUUUUUUGCUAUUAAUAAAACAUCCAUUUUGUUAAUAAAUUAUUUCUAUUUCA